UGUCAAAGGUAAAUUUGAUAAGCACUGAAAAUUCGGAAUUUAAAACUGAGUCGACUGUCCAAGUGUAAAGAUGCAUCCGCUAUGGGUAGUCCUGUUGCUGAUGAGCAGCGCUAGCUUGGAAACAUACGCAAACAAUAUUGAGGAGUGCUCAAUCAAAAAGGAUGCAUCACAUGCACGCUACGAUCACACGCGCAUCUAUAAUGUAGAAUUCGCUACAGCUGCACAUGUGGAGCUCUUCCAAGCGCUGGAGGCGCAAAGUGACUCUCUUAGCUUUAUAGGACAUGCGCGUGUGCCGGGCCAGAAACUAUCGAUUAUGGUGUCCGGACAGAAGGUAGCUGACUUUGACAACCUGCUGCACAGCUAUAAUGUGAGUCAUCGCAUCCUCAACUACAAUUUCCAAAAGCUAAUCGAUGCCAGCUACUGCGAGGUGGCACCUUUGACCACUCCUGUAGAGCAAUUCGAUUGGAAGCGUUUCUUUCAGCUGGAGAACAUCUAUGCCUGGCUGGAGAAAUUAGCAAGCAAACAUCCAAAUGUGGUAACAUUGCUGGACAUGGGCACCAGCACAGAAGGCUUGCCUAUUAAGGGCGUUCGCAUUUCAUUUGGCGGCGACAAUCUGACCAGCGUGUUCCUCGAGAGCGGCAUUCAUGCACGCGAAUGGAUUGCGCCAGCCACAGCCACCUAUAUAAUAGACCAGCUGCUACACUCCAACGAUGCCCAGGUGCAGACCAUGGCUCGCUCCCACAACUGGUUGAUAUUUCCCACAGUUAAUCCGGAUGGCUAUCGUUAUAGCUUUACACACGAUCGCAUGUGGCGCAAGAAUCGCGCACUAUUUGGCAUUUGUCGUGGCGUGGAUCUCAACCGCAAUUAUCCCUUCGCCUGGAACACUACAGGAGCGAGCGGUAAUCCUUGCCAUUAUGAUUUCUCUGGACCCACAGCGGGUAGCGAGCUGGAAACGCAGCGUCUUAUGAAGUUCCUGGAGCAGCGUGUGCACACGGAUCGCAUACGAACUUAUCUGGCGCUGCACAGCUACUCGCAAUUGAUUAUGUUCCCAUAUGGACACACGGCCGAGCGCGUGCAUAACUAUGCAGAUCUGAAGGACAUUGGGCAGUUGGCAGCAGCGCGCAUUAAGGCAUACUCGGGUCGGGACUACAAGAGCGGCAGCAUCUAUGAGACUAUCUAUCCGUCAAGUGGCGGCUCAAAGGACUGGGCGCAUGCUCAACUCCAAAUGCCCAUUACCUAUACCUUCGAGUUGCGUGGACCUCCAGAUAGCGAGGAUCUGUUCAUACUGCCGGCCAAUGAGAUAGAGCCCACAGCUAGCGAAGCCUUUCAAGCAAUUCAAACUAUUAUAGAGGAAGCAGGCAAGCGUGGUUAUUAUAAAUAACACAAUUAAAUAACAA